AUGAGAAGAAAAGAAUACUCCUGCAAUGCUACUGUUGCGGUGGUUUUAGUGAUGCUAUUUAUCACUCAAAUUGGAGGUUUCUAUGCCUGCAUUCAACAAGAAAGACAGAUUCUCCUCAAUUUCAAAAGAAGUUUGAUCCUUUCUGAUGAUAAGGAACCACUUCCAUCUUGGGAAGGAGAUGGUGAUUGCUGUGAAUGGGAAGGCAUAGCCUGCGACAAUGUCACUCGACAUGUUGUCAAGAUCGAUCUCAAGAAUCCCUGCUCCGUAUUCUUCACCGUUGAAACAAGUACAGAACCACAACAGCCUGAUAACGAAUUUUGCCUACCAGCUGACGCAUUUGCCGAGGAAGACUUUUCUCGGCAUCUGUCACAACUUCAACAUUUGACUUAUUUGGACCUUUCUGGUGUUGCAAUCCAAGAGAAUCCAGCAUUCCUUGGUUCUAUGCAACGCCUACGCUAUCUUUCUCUAAGAGUAUACUAUGCACCAGCUGCAUCAUAUACGUUUCCCACCGGCAGUAUUGGAAACCUCACCAACUUGCGUGCUCUUUAUCUUGAAAGCCUCUUUUUUGCCAACGUUACCGAUAGUAGUUGGCUUGCUCCACUUUCCUCAUUACAAUACCUUGGCUUGAAAGCAGUGGAUCUUUCCAUGCCACAAGCUCACCAUUUGUUUAAGGUACUUAACACGCUUCCUUCUCUCUUACACUUACACCUACCUGCAUGUAGCCUUGGACAAGUGUCUUCAUCGCUUGUUUCUGAUCCUAUUUUCCCUCUCACAAAUCUCACCCGUCUCCAACUCCUCAACCUUGCAUGGAAUGGUCUUAAUCAAGACUCACCAGUUCUACAUGCUUUUCAGAACUUUACUUCCAUCAAAGUCCUUGACAUCUCACGAAAUUUUUUAAGCUCUGUGCCUUCACGGUUAGCCAAGGUUCACAAUCUUGUCAAGCUGGAUUUAUCUUCGAACAAUAUUACAGUCCUUGAUCCUUUGAAAAAUUUGACUUCCAUUAGGGUCCUCAACUUGAAUGAAAACAAUUUGAAUUCAAUAGUACCGUUCUGGUUGGGAAAGUUUAAAAACCUUGUUAGGUUAGAUCUUUCGAGAAAUAUCCUUUAUGGUCCAGUUCCUUGUGCUUUACGCAAUUUGACUUCUCUUACAUUUCUUAACCUUUCAAACAACCAUUUGAAUUCACUUCCAUCAUGUUUAGCUGAGUUAAAGAGUCUUAUCCAUCUUGCAAUUGUCAAGUGUUGGCUUUCAAAGAUAAAGGAACUCUAUCUAGCUGUGAUAGUCAUGCUUUAG